AUGCGGACAUGGCAGAGGACCUUUGCCACGUCUGUUGCCAGACUGAAUAGUAACGCAACAGGACGAAGCGGCGGUACCACCCUCCUGCGAUGCGCGGAAGUUCUCCGGAAGAGUCAGGCUGGGAGCAGCAGUUACGAGAAUCAAGAAAUCAAGAUCAACGGUUUCGUUCGCUCCGUUCGAAAGCAGAAACGCUUCGCGUUCGCAGAGAUAACAGAUGGUUCGACUAUUGAGCCAUUGCAGGCGUUCCUGAAGCCUGCGCAGGCGGCAGAAUUAUCUACGGGAACGGCCGUCGAGAUUUCUGGGCUAUGGAAGGCUUGUCCGCCUGGUAAAGAGCAGAGCCAUGAACUCCAAACGACUGAGGUGAAGAUUGUUGGCCAAGCAGAACCAGAGACAUAUCCUAUACAAAAGAAAUAUCACAGUCCUGACUUCCUCCGGUCGAUCCCCCACCUUCGUCUCCGAACACCCUUCAAUUCUGUCCUGUCGCGGUUUCGCUCUGAAUGCUUAUACCAGCUGGGCAAUGUCUUUCGUGAUGCGCCGAAUGGUGGCUAUGUACAAGUUCAACCGCCUUUGAUUACAUCAUCGGACUGCGAAGGAGCUGGGGAGACAUUUACAGUGCUGCCGCGUGAGACAAUCAUGGACCCCAAGUCGGAGGGGAACCAUUUCUUCCGGGCACCCAAGUACCUGACGGUCUCGUCGCAGCUCCAUCUGGAGGCCUACGCAGCCGAGCUGGGAAAUGUCUGGGCUAUCUCGCCGACGUUCCGUGCGGAGAAGAGCGACACCCCACGCCAUCUCAGCGAGUUCUACAUGCUCGAAGCGGAGAUGAACUUCAUGGACGACCUCGACUCCCUGACGGACGCGGUGGAAUAUGUGGUCCGCGAUCUUACUCGCCGGUUGUACCAGUCGCCGGUCGGCCAAGAGAUUCUGGCUGCUAAGCGGUCAGGCGAGAGUGGCCAAGACGAUGCCGGGAAUGGGGCAGUGCCGAACCUUCGACAGCGAUGGGUUGAUCUAAUGGAGGGGCCUCGCUGGCGGCGAAUCACCUAUACGCAGGCGAUGGAGUUGCUCGAAGCGGCAGUCGCUCGGGGAGAGGCCUCGUUCGAUUAUGCUCCUACGUGGACGGAAGGCCUCCAACUCGAACACGAGAAGUACAUUGUCGACGUGAUCAACCGGGGUCAGCCGGUAUUCGUGACUGAUUAUCCCAAGGCCAUCAAGCCGUUCUACAUGGCGCCGUCUCAGGUGGCCCCAGGCAAGGACGAGGACAUACGCGCGCCCGGGGAAACGGUCGCCUGCUUCGAUCUGCUCCUGCCGGAGGUCAGCGAAGUCGCGGGCGGAUCACUCCGUGAACACCGCCUGCCCAACAUUAUCCAGAACAUGCGCGAUCACGGGUUGAUCAAGGAGCGCUUGUAUCCUAGCUCUGGUUCUGGAGAGAUGCCUACGACCCAGACGGCCCCUGAGCAUCCGUUAUACCCCCAUCUCCAGCCGUAUGAGGACUUGGGGCAUUUGCAGUGGUACGCCGAUCUUCGACGGUGGGGGAGCGCACCGCAUGGAGGAUUCGGACUUGGGUUUGACCGGUUUCUGAGUUAUCUAGUUGGAGUCUCGAGUGUGCGGGAUGUGGUGGCUUUUCCUCGAUACUUUGGCCGGGCUGAUUGUUAG